AUAGUUUCACUUGAGGUGCAAACUGAUGCUCAUCUCUGCACCCAGCACCCAGUCUUCACUUUCACUUUCUGUUUUCAAGUUGCCUGUGGUCAGGAUUCUAUAGGCACCAGGAAAUCAGAGAAAAAAGUCAAACCAGUAUAUCCAGUUCACUAUUUAAAGUUCAGUGUAAAGAGAAAAACAGACGUCUCCCUGUUAAAAGCCACAAGAAGACCAUUUAGGCACAUCAGCCGGCCAACGAUUGUCUUGCUGCACUGGAUGUUCAUGAGUUGGUAUUUAUGGGAGGCAACAAAUUGUCUCAUCAGAGAAAAGACGCAAUGGACGAAGAGCUCUCUCAGCCCAGUACAAGUUCAAGUUCUCCCAUCCAGACGUUAGAAACUGAUGGUCCAAGUAUAUCAGCGCCGGAUAGCGGGUUUUAUCCCAAUACAAGCAUACCGGACAGAAGUGGCCAGGUCCCGCGAGAGCUGCGAUCCACAUGGAGAGACUGCACGGCUAAUGGUAAAACAAUUAAGAGUAUUCUGAGCCUUCAGUUCUUGACUGACGAUGUCAAAACGGUUUCUCAGAGCACCGAGGUGGUGGAGCAACAGUCCUACGUUAACAGGAGCACCUCGCUAUUAAAGUGCACAUUCAAGUUCGAAAAAACCUUAAAGGAAAAGAGUGAAUUUAGUAAGGAUCAUGGAUUCACCGUUGCAGCUGGCAAUGAGGGGACAUUUGAAGCUGGGAUUCCGUGUAUAGGUGACGUGAAAACAAAGGUUUCUCUUCCACACAAGUGGAACUUAUUCACCAGCAACGAGAGAGAGGUUUCCAUCUCGGUAAAUACAAAUGUUGAGGUACAGGGGCGCAAAGCUGUGCGUCUGGAGGCAACAAUCAAAAAGGCAAAAAACACAAUCUCCUACAGAGCUGAAGUCCUCAACCUCGAUGGUCAUAAAGUCCCUAUCUCUGGCACCUGGACUGGGGACAUUUACCAUGAUUUGGUGGUGAAGCAAGAAGAUGUAUUUCUGUAGGUCUGGGUUAGUCUGCAGGUGUGGCUGCUUCUGUUAUAUACAGUGACCCAGUAUAUACUAUAUGUUAAUCUAAUUGCAUAUCAUCACUAGUAUCAGUUACAUAUGAUUAAGAUUGCAGUAGUGACAAGUGCAUUGUUCAUCUAAAUGUUCUCCUUAAAGGGGACAUUUUAAUAUAAGCUUCAUCACACUGAAAUAAGAAACUUUCCAAAUACAAUCAA